CUGUCUUCCCUCUGGAGUGCCCACUGCUCCCCACACUGCUUCCCCUCUGCGGCCUCAGCCAUCCCUGAGGGAGGAUGGAAUAUCUCUGAGGGGGUUCGGCAGUUUUUCUGGGGUGCAGUAUUCCGGUGGCUGAUGCUGGCGUGCAGCUGGGACGGCACAGAUCUGCUGUAGUUUGCUGCCAUUUAUUUCUAACAACUCAUCUGCUUGAAGAGAUUCUGUUGUAAUGUAUCCAGUGGCUGUUCCUGCGCCAGGAGGUGAAGGAAGUAAUGGACAACAUGGGAAACUUAUUUUUUGCCUUUUUGUUUUUGGAGCUGUGUUGCUCUGUGCUGGAUUCCUUCUUUCAGUCUUUAUUCUCCAGUCAUGUCCAUCUGGAAGCUUCAGUGACUGUAAUGAGGUCCUUAAGGCUGUUGGGCCAGUACUGGCUGUAACUGGACUGGUUUGUGUUGUACUGGCACGAUCAAGGGCCAGGAUGUAUAUAAGACAAAGACAAUUGCAAAAUGAGCAGGUGUACAGCCUUGUUUUUUGUCGUGGGAACUGUCAGUUUGCCCAGUUUCUCAUAUUUGGAUUCCUGUUUUUAACUAGUGGAAUGUUAAUUAGCAUCCUGGGCAUUUGGGUUCCUGGUUGCAGCCCUGGCUGGCAUACGAUACAGCUCAACCACACUGGCACUUCUGACACAGACCUCCAGGGCUGUGGAUUCCUGUCACUUCAAAUCUUGGGACCUUUGAUUGUGCUCACUGGGUUGUCUUUCUUUGUGAUAGCUCAUGUUAAAAAGAAGCAAAACUUAUAUCUCAACCAAGAAUCCUGUGAAAGUGAACAACAUCCUCAGAGCCCUGAAUCUUUUCAGGUUACAUUAGGUGAUGCUGUGAUGGUAUUCCCACCCCCUCCACCUCCUUAUUUUGCUGACCCUAUGUCACCAACUGUGACUCAUUGUCUUAUGCCAAGUGUUUUGCCUACAAGUGAAAAUCCACCACCGUACCACUCUGUCUUCAGUGAUGGAGCACAGCUUGGUGAUGAUGAAAGAACAGUUGCUGUUAGAGACUAUGAAUCCGUAUAUACAAUUUCUGGAAGCAGCUCACCUUCAGAUAUUUUGCCAAUGCUAUACCUUUCUUCUGAAUCACCACCAAAAUAUGAAGAGAAAGCAUCAAUAACAAAUAAUGAAUAUUCACCAUCUUCCUUUUCUUUUUCAUCUGUUUCCUUAGCCACAUCUGAUACCAGCUUCUAAAGGACUGACAGUUCACUUAAUUUUUAAUAAAAUAUACACAGAUUUACAAUUUUUGAAUUUAUUUACAUUUUGUAAUAAAAGCAAUAAUGUUGGCUGUGUCUAAUUUUUCAUCAGGAAGAAUAAACAAUGAACCUGGAUUUCAAGAAAUAUUAGAGAAGCCUGGGGCUCUGCUAAAGUAUUCUGAAGGGAGUUCACUGCAAGAACAUUAAAUGCUCGUCUUGUUCUGUUCAGUUUCUAUUUAUAGCUGUUCUUUUUAUAAUGAAGCCACUAAGUAGAAACCAACUUUUUUGAUUAUUUUAAUUAAAUCUCU